AAAUAGUGAUAAGUUAGUUACGCCGUUCUCUACUUGAUAAGACUCGAUAUAGGCACUUGGGUUCUUUUGCACACGCUUUCAUCCGACUCGUAAAUGGUUCGAAGCGGCGCCGUGACGAUGAUCGUUUUCAACUUCAUGGCACGGCGUUCUUUCUUCACCAUGACUUUGCUGAACGGGACCGCCUUGCCUGCCACGACCUCCUUCUCGACCAAGUGGCGCUGGAGCGGCUGUACGGGGGGCUUGAUGUGGCGAUGGUACUUAAGCGGCAGCAGAUUGUUUUGCGUGUCGUGGUCCUUGAGGAUGCCUUUGAUCACGGUAAUUUCGUCCGCAAAGGGUCCCACUUGCGGUUUUUGGUGCCUGGCCAGCCACUUUUCCUUAAACUGGAGCAGGGGUUGCUUGACUUGGACCUGCACGCCCAUGUUGAAUGUCACGAUAAAUGGGAAAUGAACACGUUUCUGGGUCGAAGUGAUGCCAACGAACGAAUCUACGUG